UUUAUUUGACAAAAAUCCAUAAAAAUGAAAAGAAAUAAGUAUUCUUAGAGAAACAAAAAUUGCAUAUAUACAAUGUCAUUAAAAACAGCGGCUGAUGAAUAUUUUAGCAACUUAAAUUCAAUAGCUGCGAGAUUGUAUACUGAUUUGGAAGAAACAAAAUCCUCAUAUGAUAAAUUAUGGACAACACUUUCAGAAAAGGAACAGCAGGAUAUUUUGUCUGAGAGUAUUAUUAAACCAGAGAUAUCUAUACAAUAUAGCUCAAAAGAAAAAAAGUCAAAAAAUGAUUAUGCUGUUAAACUGAUUUUUGAUGACCAUUGCUCAUAUCGAGAUGAACAUUCGGGUCCAUUUAGUUUUAGAACACAAAGCCAAAGAGAUCUUAACAUAUUUCAGACUGAUAAACCAAAAGUAAUCUCUGAAAAGAAGUUAAAAGUUACAAAACCAAAAGCCAAGAUUCCUGUGAAAUUUCAGGAAGUAGAACACAACCAAAAAGAUGAACUGCUGGAGGGGGAAUCUUUAAAUAUGUUGCCAAAGACGGGCCUCGAUUUUUUAGACAACUGGUAGUCAUAGUUUUAGUUAUUUAGCUAUUAAGAUUCACCUCAAAUAUUCGUUUUAGUGUAAUUUUGUAUAAACCACCAAUUUUUUUAUUUCUUCUUAAAAUGAUGUAUUAAAUAUUGGAAUGAAUUUGUA